ACAUGGUAAUCCUCUCAAAGGACAUGGACUUUGUAAGCGUGACCCCGGCCCUUCUUGCCCGAGGCAUCUUUGAAAAUCAUCACAUAGAUAAGUUUGACUCAAAGCCCAGCAAGAAAGAGAAGAAUAUGGCGCUCUUAAUGGACAUAGAGACGAGGGGUCCCAGGGCCUUCACUAGCCUAAUAGAGUCCCUGAUCGAGGCAAACCAAAAACAUUUAGCAAAGUUGCUAGGAUACUCAGCGUCUGGACCUUCACAGGGCCGGAUGGGCCAGGCACAGGCUAAGACAGCUCAUGUGAACAGACCGGCUCCAUUUGGUCAACCAACCCAGCAAGUGCCCGAGGUUUGGCCUGCCAGAGGUAGCAGUGGUGACUACAGCUCAACUCAAAUGGAUGCCUCAGGCUCGUAUCCGCAAACUAUGGUGGAUAGUGAUCUUGUCUACAAAAUGAAAUCUAGACCUAGAGGUAUGGCACUCAUUAUCAACAACAAAAAUUUCAACACCAUGAAGGAGAGGACAGGAACGGACGUAGACUGUCGCAACUUAGAGAAUGUCUUCAAACAGCUUGGCUUCAAUCUAAUUGUACACAAUGAUCUCACAGGAAGGUGGGGUAUAGAAGCAACAGACGGUACUGCUGUAUUUGAUGGAGCCGCAUGUGACGCUCGGGCCAAGGCUCAGGUCAAACCUCAGGUCGAUGCACAGAUUGAUGAAGAUCAGCUGGCCAAGAUGCUGCUUAAAAUGGAUUUAGAUCACCGAUAG